AUGUCCAAUCUACCAUCACUUAUCUUCGUCCCCGGCUCCUGGCAUAAACCGAAAUGCUACGAUCCGAUCAUAAAACUCCUCCAACCCAACCUAAAAUGCAUCGCAAUCACCCUCCCUUCAACGUCGGGAAGCCCAGCCGCAAGUUUCAAAGAUGAUCUCGACGCCACGCGCUCAGUCAUAUCCAGUGAGACCUCAGCCGGACGCAAUGUGAUUGUCGUCGCGCACUCCUACGGCGGUAUGGUUGGUAAUAGCGCUGUCAAGGGGUUCACUCGAAAUUCUAAGGACCAAGGUCAGUCCUCGAAGGGGUACGUAAUCGGCAUCGUUCUCAUAGCCUCUGGUUACACCCUCACCGGACUUGCCUUUAUGGAUCCAUUCUUUGGUCAUCCGCCUCCCUCCUGGCGUGUUAACAGCGACAGCGGAUAUGCAGAGUUUGUCACGCCACCACGUGAGCUCUUUUAUCACGACUUGCCAGAAGAAGAAGCGGAGUAUUGGGUUUCGCAACUUACGACCCAGAGUCUCAAAGCUUUGUUCGAGGGUGCCGAGUAUACAUAUGCUGGGUGGCAAGAUGUGCCUUCAUGGUAUAUCGGUACUAUUGAGGAUCGGGGGUUGCCGGUGUUAGCCCAACGGAUGACGGUGGGAAUGGCGAGGUCAAUGGGUGGUAACGUUGUGCAUCGAGAGCUGCAGACGAGUCAUUCGCCCUUCUUGAGCCAACCGAAGGCGACUGUGAAGAUCAUACUGGAGGCUGUUGGGGCGUUUACAGGGGAGUCAGUAGAUGAUUCUGGAGAAUCUGCGAGCGGAAGUAACGCGGUGAUUACAAUUCCGAACGCUAGGCUCUUGCAGCCUUUAUCGUGGUUUAAAUUUGGAUUGCCACUGGCCUUUGGGCAUAUACUAGGAAGAGGCUAUCUCUAUUUCACUUGGGGGAAGGGCUUGUGGAGGUCUUGGUUCCGUUGA